AUGGAGCUCAUGUUUCCGCGUUGUAGUCCGGAAAUUUCGCUAGACGCUGGAGGUGUGAAGGAGUCCGCAAUGGAUAGCAAAUCCAAUGGUAAUGUACCCAGCGAGAAGCCUGCUGCUGCAUUAGAAAGAACGGAAAAACUCCAAGAUCAAUCAAUGCAUGUGAGUCUAAGCUGGGGGCCAAAAAUUGAUAGAGGAAGCAACUACCGGCUAUCAACCGAAGAGCAACAGUUUCCUGCACGCUAUUUUCCAUUACAUCGCGUUCACACUCUCACACCCAUCCAUCAAAAAACAUCCACCACAUCCACCACAUACACCACCCACACCACUCACACACCAUCCUUCUUCUCUGUAUUACCUGAAGAAGAAGUGCCACCCUUGUGA